GUUGUCAAUAUCUGUCUGAUUUAACAUAAGCACGCAACAUAAGCAAGCACACUAUUACAUACUUUAGUAAUUUAGAUAUUUGUUUUAGAAUAUUUCUGUUUUAGACAUUUAAAUGUACGACUUUUACGUGUACCUUGAAUGUAGCAGUCUUAGUAGCUGAAAAUAGAAAAUCCAACAGUUACAGCAAAAACGAACAGGACAUUUACCUUGUUUUUUCUAUAUUUGCUAUAUAAUUGGAAUGUUUUGGUGAAUUUUCUUCACAUAAAAAUGAUCCACUUUCGCUCGGGUUUGAAAAGUCCAUCCUCGCAUCGGAGCUCGACUGAUCGGGUCUGAGGAGUUUACAGAAAGCGAUAGUCAUGAAGACGAAGAGGAGCGCGUCUGUUCAAACUUCUGACACAUGAAGUUCAAGCUUUGAUCCCAUUUCCUCGAUGGCGUCUGUUCUGGAGGAUCCCACCCUGGAGAGACACUUUAAGGGCCACAAGAACGCUGUCAGCUGUGUCCACUUCAAUCCCAACGGCAAACAACUGGCAUCAGGAUCGGCAGAUAAAACUUUGAUGAUCUGGAAUUUGGCUCCUAAAGGAAGGGCUCUUCGUUUUUUUGGCCACCAUGAUGCCGUCACAGGGGUGCAGUUCUCUCCAUCUGGCAAGCGGGUGGCUUCUUCCUCCAAAGACAGGACCGUCCGGCUGUGGACUCCGUCCAUGAAGGGGGAGUCCGUCGUGUUCAGGGCUCACACAGCUGCCGUGCGCAGCGUGGCUUUCUCUGCCGACGGCCUCAGACUGGUGACGGCGUCUGACGACAAGUCGGUUAAAGUGUGGAGCGUUGACCGGCAGAGCUUCAUCUACUCCCUCAACCAGCACACCAACUGGGUGCGCUGUGCCAGAUUCUCCCCAGACGGAAGACUCAUCGUUUCCUGCGGAGACGACCGGACCGUCCGUCUUUGGGACACAUCCACCAAACACUGUCUGAACUGUUUCACCGACUGCUGCGGAUCGUCAACAUUUGUCGAUUUUAACUCCAGUGGCACCUGCAUCGGUUCUUCAGGAGCCGACAGCUCCCUCAACAUCUGGGAUAUUCGGACCAACAAGCUUCUACAACAUUAUAAAGUCCACAGUGAAGGAAUCAACAGUUUUUCUUUUCACCCAUCAAACAACUUCCUAAUCACCGGCUCCAGUGAUCACACUGUGAAGGUCCUGGAUCUGCUGGAGGGACGCCUCAUCUAUACUCUCCAUGGACACAAGGACGUUGUGAAGUCGGUGGGCUUUUCUCAGGCUGGAGAUCUCUUUGCAUCAGGAGGAGGUGACUGUCAGAUUCUUCUCUGGAGGACAAACUUCGACAGGAAGUCUUAUCACGAUGUCCUGCAAAAACACGGCCAGCGCUCCACCCCAGAUCCGCCCCCCCACCUAUCUGACAUCCAUCCCCGGAGCCCCCACCUGCACCACCCUCAGGACUCCACAGUCCAGGUCAGUCCGGCGGUGGCCGACACGCGCUCCGCUGACCCGCAGGUCAUAGAGCUGGGUCAGCCCCCCCACAGCAACAUGUUUAUGAACAGCUUUACACGAUGGAAGCCAGCACACGGCUCUACCAGCACUUAUCAGUCAAGUGAUUUCCAGACUCGUCAUAUCGCCACUUUGAGAGCAGAGUCACAAAAAGGAGACAAAAGUGGAAGUUGGGUCACCUCAGCUGCUGGGAACCAGGCUGGAGCUUUCAGUACAGGAAAAGGAAGAAGAAAGGAAGAGGAGACAGUUCUGACACACCCUCUGGAAGUUUUCUCCAGUCAUCCAUCGAGUCUGGACUCUACCCUACAGCACAUUGUUCAACAGUUGGACAUUCUCACGCAGACCGUUUCUGUGCUGGAGGAGCGUCUCACCCUGACAGAGGACAGGAUGAAGGAGUGUCUCCUGCGUCAGUCUCAGAUCCUCCAGAACGUGCGAGCCUCAAGAGAAAACCGAAGGAGUGAAAGCGAUACGCCAUCUGACCAUUCCACUUAAGGACGACCACACCUGCGUCAGCCGCUUGUCAGAGAGUAGCGGCGUUUGGGUGUAGAUUGUGUGACAUUUUAAAUGAAGUGGGUGGUCCUUUGGCGGGGUCAGAGGGUUAAUCAGGACGUCUGCUCCAUGUGUUAUUGUGCACCUGCAUGUGUAUUUACGACCAUCAUGCUUUUCUUCUUGUCUUUCGUCAUCACUAAAUGACAUCCAGCUGUACAGACAGGAAGUCAUUGUUUUGUUGUGUGUCUGCUUCUUGUCUCUGGCACAGAAUCUUUUUUGGGUUUAUAUGUCUGUUUAUUUGUAAAUAAGCCGGUGCUCUGACAUGAUAAAUAAUGCCUCAUAUUAUUCUUUAAAAGGCUUUUUUUACCAGCAACACCAAGCUUUGCCUCAAAUGCACUUUGUCACUCCUUUAGAAUUUAUUCGAAUAAACAACCUUCUAAUAUGCA